GAGAAGGAGGAGGAGGAGGAGGAGGAGGAAGGGGGAGAUUAGCGCGGUGCCGGCUGGCGCAGAGGCGCGGCUGAGCGCUCCAGCGGGAGCCCGGGGCCCUGCGGGCCGUGCGGGAGUCAGAGGCGGAAGGAGCGGAGAUGCGGCUGCUCUCCCCGCGCUGCUGAACCUCCCGGUCACUCGCCCGGAGGAGGGGGGGCAGGAAGGUCCGUCCUCCUCGCUGCGCUGCGGGCGCGAAGGGUGCCUGUGCAGUCCCCUCCUCUUGCUUUUAUCCCAGCCCCGGAGCAGAAGCCGCCGCCGCCGCCCCCUCUCCCUUCCUGCGCUCUUCCCACCAUGAGCGGGGCUGUUUUCACCUUAUAAAGAUGGCGGUGUGGGAUCGCUGCAACCUUUAGACUCAUGACUGUCAGAAACAUCGCCUCCAUCUGUAAUAUGGUUCUUCAAGAGCAGCUACACGCAGUUGCCAGCUUCCCUCCAUGUGGUGCCCCAGCAUGCCUUGUGCUGGUGAUGCCACACAUACCAUUCAUCUGCCCUGGAGAAUGGAGCCUACCUCUAGGGGCACCAAUGCCUCUGCUCUGGAAAAAGACAUUGGCCCAGAGCAGUUUCCAAUCAAUGAACACUACUUUGGCUUGGUCAAUUUUGGGAACACCUGCUACUGUAACUCCGUGCUGCAGGCAUUGUAUUUUUGCCGGCCGUUUCGGGAAAAUGUAUUAUCAUACAAGGCCCAACAGAAAAAGAAGGAAAAUCUCUUGACUUGCCUAGCAGAUCUUUUCCACAGUAUUGCUACUCAGAAGAAGAAAGUUGGAGUUAUUCCACCAAAGAAGUUCAUAUCAAGGUUACGAAAAGAGAACGAUCUCUUUGACAACUACAUGCAGCAGGAUGCACAUGAGUUUUUAAAUUACCUGCUCAACACCAUCGCAGACAUUUUGCAGGAGGAGAAGAAACAGGAAAAGCAAAAUGGGAAACUGAAAAAUGGCAACAUGAAUGAAGCUGAAGAGAACAAUAAGCAAGAACUCACCUGGGUGCAUGAGAUUUUUCAGGGAACACUGACUAACGAAACUAGAUGUUUGAACUGUGAAACCGUUAGUAGCAAAGAUGAAGAUUUUCUUGACCUUUCUGUUGAUGUGGAGCAGAACACAUCAAUUACACACUGUCUAAGAGACUUCAGUAACACAGAGACAUUAUGUAGUGAACAGAAAUACUACUGUGAGACUUGCUGCAGUAAACAAGAGGCACAGAAAAGGAUGAGAGUAAAAAAACUGCCAAUGAUUCUUGCCUUACACCUCAAGAGAUUCAAGUAUAUGGAGCAAUUGCACAGGUAUACUAAGCUGUCUUAUCGUGUAGUAUUUCCUCUGGAGUUACGUCUCUUCAACACAUCUGGCGAUGCUGUCAACUUAGAUCGGAUGUAUGACUUGGUAGCUGUUGUUGUUCACUGUGGAAGUGGACCGAAUCGGGGGCAUUAUAUUACUAUUGUGAAAAGUCAUGGAUUUUGGCUCUUGUUUGAUGAUGACAUUGUAGAGAAAAUAGAUGCUCAAGCUAUUGAAGAAUUCUAUGGUCUGACCUCUGAUAUAUCAAAAAAUUCAGAGUCUGGCUAUAUUUUAUUCUAUCAGUCAAGAGAGUGAGUGACUUGGCAAACUGUGACAGUUGUGCACAAUGAUGCUGCACGCAAAAGAAGGUGAUGGCCCCCCUUAACUGACUUUUACACAGACCACAUCUUGUAUGGUCGAACAACGAUACGCUCUAUCUCCUAUUAUGGUCUGUGUGAUAUUGACUAUAACUGUCCAUUUUUGACAUGCGGAACUUUGUUUUUGGAAGGGGUGGUUGUUUGUAGUUUUUAAGUCUGAUUGAAGAGUUAAUUGCAGUCAGAUUUUAGUGGAAUUUAUAUGGACUAACAUUUACAGAUAAUAAGAUUUGGAUGUCAACUGUUAAACCCAAUCCAGCUAGAGUAGUAUUUUAUAUGGAAGUGUUCAUUCCAUUUAGGGCAAAAUUGUUUAAAACUUUCUAAAUGGCUUUGGGGUGUGUUGAUUUACAAAGCAUUCCUUUAAAUACAUCCUGACAUAUACCUACCCAUUUUAAGUGUAAGGAAAAAAAAUCUGUUUCAUUAUGAUUGGAAUUGUGGUUGUAUAGGGGAUUUUUUUACAUGUUACUCUCUGCUGCAAAAAAGAUAUUCUUCCAAAAUCAUUUAAGCUUUGGGCUGUUAAAAACUUUCAGUGGAUAACUUCAGGCCUAAACUUCACAUAGAGGGAUUUAAAUUACAGUGGAACUAAGUAAUUCUGUAUGUCCAGUCAUUUUGUUUAUCGUGAGAUAGUACAGAUGAGGUGAGAUUUCAGAACUCACAGAGCACUGGGAUAAAGGGAGUGAGAUGACAUGUAUGACACAAAGAUAAAUUACAUUUAUAGAGAUUGAGCUUAUCUUUCUGUUAAAACAAUAUCAUAGGUUGUUUACUUAAUUGAGUUGCAGAGAUUGCAACACUGCCCACAUCUAGCAUAUCCGUCAAGACUGAAAUUACACAGUCCAUUUAAAUAAGUGUUGUUCAUACAAUACAGAAGACACGGCUUGAUCCUGCAAUUUUCUGAAUAACUGUAGGUCCCAUUUUCAUUUCUCAAGACAGAGUCCAUUUCUUAGCAACAUAACAUAAUAAAUAACAACCAUAAGUUUACACACACUGCCAUGUAUAUAUAAUCUCUAACAUUUUGGCCAUGUUUGACAGCAUUUGGGUCACCAAGGAAACAGAUACGGCUCUGGAGUGUCUGAUUUUAAAAAUAUCAAAAGGCUUAGUGCAAAAGGCUUAGUUUGUGAUUUUACUGGGUGAAUUUGGCUGGCACUAGUCAUGCACUGGCUAAUAAAAUUGCUGAACUCACAUGCUGGAAUUUGGCGAAGAAUGAAUGUAGAAGAAAGUAUCAAUAGGGUAUGCGAAGGGAUCGAUAACAGGUUGUGGCAGUGGUAACACUGGGUAACUACCUUGAUUGGUUUGACACUUUCACUUCAUUACACAAUUCUUGAACUUCAGUAGCCAAAUUCCUAUUCCAAUGAAGUCAACAGCAAAACCACUCUUGUCUUCAGGGGGACUGACAGUUGGUUCUAGUAUUUAGAAGGAAAUAUUCUCAUCUCACAAAAUUUAUUUCUAAUUGUUAUAUUUAAUUCACUCUCACUAAGUAUUUAUUAGACAAUGUUGCUUUUGGUCCUUCUUUUCUUUAAGAAUUCUGCCUGCCACUUUAUGGCCGACACUCCAUUUCAAGAAAUGGCUUUUGAAGUGUAGCUAAAUCAUAUAUUUUAGUCUUCUGUAGGAAAGAGAAUAACUUUUUUUCAUUGUAAUCUACUGUGAAUGUGAAAUAUCUUUUGUUAAACAAUGGUGAAAAUGAAGUACUAACUUCUACUGUAACAUCAAUUGAAGUUCAGUUGGAUUUAUCAACAGCCAUUUUGUACACUAAUGAAAUGUAGCACUUUACACUGAAUGAGAAACAGAAGUGGACUUCUCAUCUAACAUUAUUUGUGAUUUAUCAUGUUAUUAUACCUAUACAGUAAAACAGACGUAGAAUGUAACCUUAGAGUGCGCACUUACGUGAAUUAUAGUAGUGGUCUACAGAGAUCACUCAUAUGAAUGAAGGCUGGUAUGCAGGCUCAAGACAAGCAUAACCGGGAUGCAACUGUAGUUCUUCUAUUGAUGUUAGAACAAAAUGUUCUGUCUCUAAGACAGAAGGCAGACAUCUUACAGGCGACUUCAACUCUCACUGAGGCCCAGGAACCUUUCCAUCGAAAAGCUAAACCUGCAAAUCCCUCUUUGAUGGAUUUAUUUAUAAGCAUUCAGAAUUUCCCUAUAAAAAUAUAAUAAUCACUUGCUUUUUAAAAUGGGUAAGGUUUCCUCAUUGUGAAUGAUGGCACUUUCUAGAUCAUUAUUAACCAGUGCUGGUCCAAAGGUCUGUACUUCACAGUUUACUGUUGAACAUUCUUAGGUCAUUCUUCAAUUUUAAAACAAGCAACAAAAAAGAUAUUCUUAAGGUAUCAUUUGAAUGUUUAGGGCUCAUGUUUAUAUGAAAAGUAAUUUUUCAUAAAAAUAUUUUUUAAAUCACUUCAAUUUUAGGAAAUGUUUUCCAUAUGUCAAUUGACUUAUCUGAAAAUUGAUUUUUUAAAUGUUACUAAUAUGAAUUAAUAUUUAAAUGCUAAAGAACAGGAUAAUAAUCUUUGGUUUUCUCCAGCUGCAAGACAGCUUUAGACUGUAAAACAUACAGAUAAUUGCAGUAUGUUAUUGAGAGUAAAAUUACUAGAAUAAGCUUUUUCAUAAAGUAUGAAAAAAAAUUUAAAUUCAUGCUAGCCCAUGAAAAGAUCACAGCACUGGUAUCACACCAGUCCAACAUCAGCAGUCUGAUAUUAGCUCUGAAAAAUUGUGGAAUACUCACUUUAUGCUAACACCAGCUAGAUUAAGGAACAUCUACUUUUCAUUAAAAAAAAAAUAAAUUGCAGUCACAAUUCUAUAAAUUAUAUCCAGUCUACAGUGUGCUGAAUGUCUUGACUUCAGUCCAGCAAAAGCUGUCCAUCACGGCUGUAUGAAUAGCGCCAGUCCAGGCAGCAGAACUUCUAUGUCAAAUUAAGGACAUUCACAUGGGUUUUGCAGGAUUGGGCUCCUCACAGGAACAAUCAUAUGAUGUGAAGUAUUUUAGUUGAUUAAAUAAAACAUAAUCCUUUUUCUCUUAUGCUUAUGUAUAGAUUUCCUGCCCCUUAUGAAAGAAUGGAAAAAUAUCUAGGACAAUAAAAGCUUUUCAGCCAGCAGCUAGAAAACAAAAUUGUAGCACAGAUGUCUGAUAGUAUUCUGUGCUUCCCUAAAAUGACUAUUUUUAUGGUGACAGGUUCUGAGCAUAUUAGGCCUUAUGACAUCUGAAGUUUUCUAUUUGUUUCACACACUGUUGCUAAGAUGUGUUGUCCAUUUAUAAAUCUUAGUACUAUGUUCUUACUUUAAAAAAAAGAAUAUUUUUGCCCUGUGCUGUUUUUCCACUGAACCCAAUGAAGCACUGCAGUGCUGAUGAAUCAGUUACCUUAGAGGAUGAGCUCAGACCUCAACUUUUAUGUUUCACAGAACAGGCUGUCAGGAUUUUAUGUAAUUUCUAUUUUGGGGACAUAGCAGAGGGAGGCAGAAGAGGGGACUGAUGGAGAAACCAUACCAGUGAAGCAGAUCACCUUGUUGAAAUUAAGUCAGUCCCAAAAUUACGCUGAUCAAUUUUAUUUUAAUAAUUUACAGUUACCUCAGAGCAGUAGACAACAUCUUAAAAGUCUUGUUCCUUUAGCAGUUGGAGUAAAGAAAAUAAAGCAGUAGGUGUUUCCUUUGUGAUAGAUUUAAUAAAGAUAUUAAAGACCUAACUAAGCUGAAACCGAAAUUCAUGUUACAUGGUGGGUCCUAAAGUGCUACCACAACCUGUCUUUUAUCUUCAGACAUUACAUUUCAUUCACCCAUCUGUUACAGCAUCAUGUACUUGGGACCUGAGCUGGCAGCUUCCAGCUGCCAGUGAUUUGAUGCCUCUCAGCAGCAGACCCUUCUUGUUUUGUCUCUUUUUUGCUGCUUGUGGCUGACAAGUGUGAGCAGUAUCUUACAGCUGAAUGUGUACUAGAAAUUUUAAGAAGUUUUGGCUGUGUACCUGUUCUUUGCCAGUACCUUUUAUCAGUGUUUGUUUUAAUUUAUUUCUCUUUUGUUGGUCUGUUAUUGUAUUUGUAUAAUAACUUAUGUAGUUAAUAUAAUUAGUUUCCUGUUUAAAUUUUUAUGUACUUUGAUUUUUUAAAAUGUAAUCAACCCAAGCACUUUAAGCAACAGUCAAUCUUGUGAAAUUCCAAUCAGCUUAACAUUUUGCCUUUGUCUUUUUGCUUUUGCAGAUGUUUGCUUGUGAUCCAACAUCUCUAGUUACAACCCAAUUUCAAUUUUUAGGCUUGUAGUCCUAGUUGGGUUGUAAAUUUGGGAAGCCCAAAUUUGUUCAUACAAUACAAGGAUGCAGUAUUUACUAUGUGUCUGCUACACAUAGCAGUAUGUAGCUGAUGAGUUGCACUCACAGUGCACAUUUCACAACCUUUUUUGCACUCUACCUGCUAACCCAUCUGAGAAUGACUGUAAUACUUUAAUCUCUGGCACAGUUAUCAUUGACUAUAAUUUAGAAAAGCUCUACAGGAGAAUUCUCUUUUACCAAACACGGAGUUAGCUGUCAAUGAGCUGAUGAUACAGGUAUUGCUCUCUUUGCCAUUUUAUCUGUGCUCUGUACAGUCUCAAUUAUUAAUAAUCUUGAGAGCUGCAUUUAUUCUUGGACCUUGUGUGAGUGCUAGCAAGGAGAGCAAUCUUUUUGCAUCUUCCUUCUUUCCACUUGGACUCAUAUAAAGGGAAGAGAGAAUGAAGUAGAGUAAGUGCUGGUGUAAAAAAACCACACCAUCUAUCAAAGACACUGGAUGUUUCUUAGAGGCCAGCAUCUGUGGUAUCCAUAAGAGAAAGUCACUGACUUUUUGUGUUGUUAUGCAAGAGUUAUUCUUAGUUUUUUAGACAUUGUAUUCUCUUUGAUCAAUGGAAAGACUAGGGCUUUUUCCUGUUACAUCAGUUCUGUUGCUGAGGUGCUUCUUCUCAAUCUAACAUGGCACUUUUAGUAUUUAAAUAGCCCUUGGGAAGCCUUAAUAGACGCCCUUUUAAUUUCUUUGCUGUUAACAUGCAUUACUUCAAAGAGAUUGCUUGAACCUGUCCACAAGACUUAUUCAGAUUAACACACUCCUUUUGCAUACAAAGUCAAAUAACACCUAUCAGGAGGUAUGUGCCCACCUGAUGGGGCCAUCUGGGCUAAGCCCACACCUUUUUACACACUAAUGAUUCUUUUCCCCCUAGGAGGUUUGCUCCCUGGCUUUGCCUGAAUGAUUUAAUAUGAAACCACACAUAAGUCCCUUUAUUCAUGGUCUCAGAGUUGCUAUAAUUCUUUAAUAAUUCUGCUUCAUUUGGUUAUCGACUGGGACUAUUGCACAGUCUAAAAUAGAUUAACUUCUGUGUGCCAUUCACAGUAGUCAAUUUAACAGCCUAAUGCUUCUGAUGAAGGCUGUUGUAGGUGGCAACUUCACUGUAUGUAAGAUUAUCAAAGAGCAAGUCACUUUUCUGUGGUAGGUCUGUAGGAGGAGCUGGACUAGCAUGAGGCUUCCUAACCCUCAGCUUGUACCCAGCUGAAGUUGGUGCUCCAACCUCUAGAUAAUCCCAACGCUUCUCCUAGGGGUUCCAAAGUGGCAGGAGAAAACCCUUUGUGAAGACACCUUGCGGGUCACCAAAACAUCUUGCCUGCCACAGUAGAUAAUUAAUAAGUAUUUGCAACCCCUCUCUCCCCGCUCCCUGAAACCUCAUUAAUACAUAUACAUUCCUUAAAGAGGCUGUUUAAACAUCAGCAAUGUUUCUACAAUGGUGUUCGUAUUUGCAAAUGUCCCAAGACAGAUUGUGUUCACAUACUAAAUUGUUUCCUAGUCCUCUCUCAACUCUCAUUCUAACAGUAAGAGCAACACCAGGGCAGCCAUGUUACAGGUUCAAGUGCUUUUCCUGGAGACAAUUUUCUAGCUUCAGUGGCUUUUGUUAAAGAAGACCUAAUGCAAGCUCCAGAACUUACCCAUGACUCUUAAGGAUUAAAGUCACCAUAUGCUGUACGAAUGUGAGUGUAGGGUAGGGGGAAGAAGAAAGAGAAGAGGAAGAAAUAAGGAAAGGGCUGUUUUUUUCGGAGGCUUUGAAAAUGUAUAUCUGUAAAUAUAUAGUCCCUCUCUACCUUGUCAAAACAAUGCAAUCAUAAUAAAACUACUUAAGUACUUCGUGCUAGUUUUUUAAAUGGAGUAAGAGGUAGUAGAAUUAUUAGGCACAUAAUUGGGGACACAUGAAAAUACUGAAUUUCUAGUAAAACGUACAAUACGUGGUGUAUGUGUACAGUUGAGUACCUGCUCUUUUUAAUCAUGUACAUGUAAUUAAACCCUGCACUACCUGCAGAACUGUAAGAUAAAUUUCAUGUUGGUUAUUAAGGCUGUAACAUAAGAAAACAGUAUUUUCUCCUGUUAACGUGUUUAUAUUUUACAUAAAAUAAACUCCCUAGCUGAUCUUGCUUCCAUUCAACUUGCUUUGAAUUCAGCUGGAGACAGACUAGGGCUGAACACUGAUGUUGGUUGUUACACAACAUGCUUCUGAAUGUCAGGUAUCUGUAUUCUUACAGAUGCCAAGACUGCUGAUGCUCGCUUUUUAUUUCAUUUAAUGGAGUCAUUGCAUUUUAAGUGACUUCAGAGAAUAUUUCAUCACCUGGGCUAACUGCCUCUGAAGUGUCUUAAGGGAACAAAUUUUGCAUGCAGUUGGUGAGGCGUCUUGGUGGAAUAUACAUACAAUUGUGUGACUGAGCUGUACCUAGUUAAAGCACAUCACUGACCUUGCCAAUGUUACUGAGAAGAGCUGAAACUGAACAGAAUAAAAAGCAGCCAGAAUUGAAUUACCUUUUGCAUCAGGGAAUGACGAGAAUCCCAAGCCCUUUAGCCUGGGAUUUUACCUGUGACUACCAGAGCGCGAAAGGGUUUUUGCUAACAGGGUCUAAAAUUCUGUCAGAGAAUUGAAAUGUUCCUGUAGUCUGCUAAUUUUCCUGAUGUUAUUCAUUAACAAACACAAUUUACUUUCUCAAAAUAAAAGGCUGGAGUUUCUUGUUCUUGUCUAAA